AUGUUUGGGCGCAUCCUCCUCACGGUUGACGGCCUCUUGCUGCUCUUCGGCGCCUUCAUGGCGGACUGGAACGAGACGCACAUUCACAAUCCGCGCUGGCCUCCGCACGCCAAAUUUCACAAUGCACAGACAAUGACGCUGUCCUCCAUCCUGGGCGCCGCGACGCUCUACUUCACGUGGCGGGCCAACGCGUCGGCUGUGAUGGCGAGGGAGUCGUUCCGCAUCGCGGGCUUCCUUGGGUCCAUCUACUGGGCGGCCGGGUGGGCGUCGCUGCUGUUCCCCGGCACCGAAGGGCUGGAUCCCGAGUUCGGCGGGCCGGGGUUCCCGCAGAAGUAUCCCUUCACGGCGGCCAUUGGGCUCGCCGUGACGGGGGUGUAUCUCGAGGGGGGGUUUUGA